UAGUAGUAAUGUACAUUUAGAACAGGCACACUGUUAUUCAAUAGAAAGUAGUUAUGCACAUGUGAUAUUAAAAUACGAGCUAGUCAUUAGUGAGAUGUGUACAUUCCAAAUAUUCGACUGAUACAGUUUAUAGUGUGUGAAAUUAUUUCGUCGAAAUGAAUGAAUGUCAAUUUGCCUCGAGGUGUAUCAAUACCGUAAAUAAUAAUGUAUUUUUGCAUAGGUAUAAGUAAUUGUAGCGGUAGAAAUAAUCGAUAAAUUCCAAGUGAAUUGCUCAAUCUUUAUCUUAUCACAGCCUGUCGUUUUUAUCAAAAGCAACCGAUAGAUUACCUUCGCCAGUACCUAAUUUACCUGCAAUGGAGGGAAAAGUGGGCGAUGGUGUUCCUCAAUGGAAAAGGGAAUUAAUCAUGCGAAUUAGAAAUAAAAACAAGUGGUACUCGGAGGUACAGCAGCAACAGCUGUUGGCGGGGACCCCUCGAAAUGCAUCGGUCGCGGUCGGAUGUGCGGGACAACAACCUAACAUAACGUGUUCUUCGGCGGCAUCAGUCCCGGUUCUAAACUCGAGUGAAGGUGAUUCUUUGAAAUGUAAUAAUAGUUCAGUACAACAAGCGAAAAUGGUUAAAGAACGUGUUUUUGUCGACCAUAACCAAAUUGAUAACUACAAUUACGAAUCCAAUAACAUUCAAAACGGUGACGAUUGCAGCAGUGUAGAUUCCAGUUCGUCGGAGGAAUUGCAUUACGGUCCUGGAAUUGUGAAUAGAUUAAAAAAUAAGUACUUAAGUUUAACCUUACGGGAGAAUACUUUGAAGAGUCGACCCUCGAUACUGCCAAUACGUAAAGCAACUUCCUUGGAAAACCUGCUCGAUGAUGAUGUGCCGAAUGGACAGCCGACAGUACCGCAUGCACGGGAAUAUAACUCAAGAUGGAAGGAAAACAACGCCAGGAAUUUAUCAAAUAGGUACAACACGAAACGCGGUGACCUGAAGAGAGCUCGAUCCGUGGAAACGAUAUCGAGAACUGGAAGCGACGAGCACUCAAUUGAACUGACGAAUGAUGUUCGUCUUAAGCACGAAUCGUUACAUGAGGAUAUGAUUAUCGCCACGGAAGGAAGUGACAAAGUUUCGGGUAAACUAUUUGAUAAGAAACUAUUGGAAAUUUCAACAGAAAAUAAACCAUUCAGUAAUGCAGUUCCGCACAUCAUAAACAGACCUAAACGAAUAACGCCAGUGAUGAGUGAAAAGGAAAAACCUCCCGUAGAUGUUGUCAAGCAAGCCAAAAGAAUUUUCGAAGGUAAAGCCGAGCAACGUACCAAACCUCCGCAACAAACCGGAGAAGUAGCCGCAAAGGUUGCGUCCUUUAAGAACAUAAUUGGUCAAGUCAAAAACGGCAAAAAACCGCCAAUCCUCAAAGAGAAACCAACCGCGACCCAAGUUGUACGAUCGCCCGAAAAUUCCAAAUUACAAAAACCGACCAAUUUGGCCAUCACCGCGAUUGAAAACGGAUGGAAGAAGGAUGACAAAUCGCCAUCCCCCGAUGUCGCCGCAGUAAGGUCAAGUCCGAUUCCGGAUGUGUCGAGGAUCAGUUCACCGAACCGAGAAGACUUAAAUCAUCAAUCGCGGAUCACCACCAAUCUAUCGGAAACGCCUGAUCUAAUCCUCCAUUCUAGUCCCUUGAAAAACCCUCCAUCGCCGACAUUCAAAAUUUUAGCAACCGAUAACUUUUUAAAAGCCGAAAUAUUACACUCGAACAAUAACCUCAUAAUCAAAAUUAACCAGAAAUCAUCCCCAUCGCCGCCGGCGACAACCGAAACCGAUGGCAAAAAAAUUGUCACGCAAGAAAGUAGAAAUAACAUACGACAGGCCGGAAACACCAUAACAUACAACCUAUCGAACUCGACCGAUUUUCGAUCUCAUCUUCCAGGUAUUACUAGUGAUAAGUGCACGAAAACUUUGCCAAUUCAAAACGCGCACGCCGAUAAGACUGCAAAACCAAUCUUGCCUUCGCAGACCAACUUAACGCCACAGGAAAUUGAGAAAAAUAGCAAAAAUAUAGCGAAAACAUUAGAACAGAACGUAAGUUCGCCUUUGUUUCUCAAAUGUGACGAAGUGAAGAGGGUCGAAGUGCCAAAGGCCACGUUACCGAAACAACCAAAAGAACAAAACUCUAUAGUGUUUAAGUUUACCGAUCGAAAAGAUGUGCCAGAUUACGUCGGAAAUGAUGGGAGAAACCGAGCCACGGCCAAACUCGAAAAACCGAAGGUUGGCGAGGGUGGCAUCAUUUUGCUACCAGGGGCUUCGUUGGACGAAUCCAUCACCGAUGACGACGACGAAUGGAUGCUUAGUUUAGAAGGCCCUCCUAGUCCUUGCGAUGUUGUGUUCAUUAACGAUAAUGUACUCAUUGAUGGUCGCUCUAGUCUUAAUCAAAAAAGUAAAAAAUUAAAGAUGAAAAUUAAAUUCGUAGAAACCGUACCAGAAAUAUAUGAAUAUCCUUCAGAAGCAUCACUUUUGGAUGAUACUCAUUUAUCGCCGUCAAAAGAAUCAUCUCCUGGUCAUGUUGUUCCUAAUAUCUCAGGUUCCUCAUUAGCAAGUUACAUCCCAAAGUCAGGUUCAUCGGAAGACUUUCAACUCGGAAUUACACGCAGCGCACCUACGCAACAACUUUUACUCGAAACCAAGAAUAGUAGUGUGUUUGUAGAGUCCGAAUUGCAAGAAGUCGAUCAACCCAUACUAUUUAGCGCUGGAACAAAUUCGGACAUUCUGUUUUAAGUAAUUAUUUCUCAAUCUGUAAUUGCUCUAUUACCAUUGUUUGUUAUCAGUAUAGUUUUAUACAACCUGGCUUACAUUAACAGUAGCGAUAGCAAAUUGAGAAAACUGCCAAAAAUGCAUUUAUUUCUUCAGUCUUUAGCUGAUUAGUGAAAUGAUUUUCAAAAGUAUGCGCUUAGAGCUUACAUUGAGGAAUAUGAGUACCUAUGUAAGUUUUGUAAAUUUUUUAAUGUUUUUUAUUAUAUAGUUAUUUUAACUGUUCUGGUUAAAUAAAGACUGUGAUUUGUAAUUAGAAAUGACCAACAUUACAUAUUAGUAUACAUUUUUUUAAGAUAAUAAUUGCAAUUCUUUUAGAUACUCGAAACUAAAUUGCAAGUUUAAACUUUAAAUUUAGGUCAUUUUUCAAAUUAGAAAAAUUACUGGGUGUAUUUUAAAUAACGUAUUUAUAUACAGUCUAUAGAAAAUUUAUAAUUAUAGCGUCAAAUGUAUACAAUUUGUUACUGCUCAAUUUAAACUUUUUUAUUGUAGCUCUGUAAGCAUAUAAGUAUAUGAUAUUUCUAUCGUUCAGCUAUAGCAGUGUAUUUUUCAUGUGAUUUAAGUAUAACAUUUGUGUAUAUUUUACAAGUAUGUUUUCAAUCCAUAAUAAGUAUUAAUUGUAUCGUAUCGCAUUAAUGUAGGUUAUUUAUUACUUAUCUUUAUAAUACAUCUACGCCUUAUGCUUGGUAAUCCUUUGUAAAAAAAGAUUAAUAAAACAAGUUUCCAAAUUCUCUGUGGUUCCUUCAAAACGGAGUAGGAAAUAAUUAAAUAAAAAAUAAGUGGAUUCUUUCAUAGUGUAAAAAUCAGGCAAAGAAUUAGCCCUGCUGCAAAUUGAACCCAGCCCAUGCACAUCCCACGCAUAGUCCAAGUAUAAUCGAAACACAGCUCAAGCGCAUGUUUUUUAUAAUGGUAACACAUAUUGAACACAGCCCACACCUGUGACUCAUACCCAUCUCCAUCAUUUUUCCCAGUAUGCAAGAUGACGGCAAGCCAGUAGCUUCUUCGCGAUUGUUACUCUGAAUCUAUGAAUAAAAAACGGGUUAUCAUGUUGCACCUAAUCAGCAA